AAGCGGAAAUUUGUAAAUUUCACGAUUCAGUAUAGGAUAUACGUUCAUAACUGAGAUUAUCUGAUCCUUUAUUUAUCAUUUCGAAUUUGGUUGUCGUAAUCCAAAACUUGCAGAUGUCACUACAAGAGAACAAUAAAAAUGUACUUCAAAUGGGGAUGACUUUUGAGACGCCAGAGUCCGAAGUUAUUAAUUUUGUACUUUUACUUUUACGAAGAAGUUUACGCAUGUACAUUAUUUACGGAAGAUCCGAGCAAUGAAGCAUUUAUUGAAUUCAAAAUUUUUCCAGUAUUAGUUUGGUAACGAAGUAGACGUUGAUUAGAUCCAAGCUCGUAACGAUUUUAAAAUUGGCGCCAUGUAUGAGCUUUGUCAAAAGUAUGCUGCAAAACUUCGCGAUCCGUGAUCAGGGUCUAUCUUGUACUGGGUAUGAAUGUGUUUAAUAAUCAAUCGUUUAAAAUAAUGAAAAAAAAGUUGCGAAACAUCUGCAUUAUUAAAUUGAGUAUGUUAAUGAAUGGGGCAUUUAUAAUCUUAUAUAUCAAUUGAGUUCAGCAGUUUGUAACAAUCUCGCAGUGCAAUGGCAGACUUCGUAGUUCACUUAUCAUUUCCCUAACUUCAUGAUUGUUGUGCUCGGCAUUUGUUCGUGUUGAAGUUUGUCUCUCAUGGAGGAAUUUUAUUAUUAUCGCUGCGAUAAAUCGUCAUUUGAAAUCAAAUCCAACUAAUAACCAAGCACAAUUAUUCGCAUUUAAAGAGUAUUCAUUCUACAUUGGAGAACAUGACACGAUUUGGUUAGGUUAGACGGCAUUGUACGCCUCCCUUGGCACACCCUGAAGAAGAUAUGGGAUCACUGAAUCUUGUUUGUCCAAUGUGCUGUGGCGAGACUUUCAACAAUCCUCAGUCAUUGAAGUAUCACUUACUAAGUAUUACGGACAAUUUAUACUGCCCUGGAUGUUCCCAACGUUUUGACUCUGUAUUAGCGUUGAUUCAACACCUGGAUCACUGCGGUCAGUCACCCGAGUCAGAAAGUGAAGUCCUGAUGGAGGCAAAUGUGGAACAAAUUAGCGAGAGCUUCUUGGCCACUGUCAAGGAUGGAGACAUUAUGAUUGUGGGCGAACCAAGUUCCAUUCAAGCUGGUGAUAAUGAAGAAUUCAAUGUGAUGGAAAAAAUGGAUGUUGAGGAAAGACAAGUCAAUGGUGUUACCCCUGUGCCGAGAGCUCGGGAAUCACCAGUUCCGUCUGUAGUUAAUGAAGCUGAUAGAAAAUCUCCAAUACCAAAUCCAUUGGUAGAAUUAACAACAAUUGAAGCAGACAAUCAAGAUACUGAUAAAAAUCUUAUUACUAUUUUAUCUGGGGGGCCAGAACUUAUGGACAAUGAAGACAGUAAUUUGAUGAGCCAUACUCAUAGUCUCAUAGCAGAUGUUGAAGAAGUAGAAGACAUCAAUGAUCCAGAACUUCUUCAUGUAAAGCAGGAAAUCUGCGAGGUAAAACUUGAAGAGUUGGAAGCUGAUGCCAUGUAUAGCUGCAGUAGUUGCGGCAUGAGUUUCAACUCAGUUUUGGAGCAUAUCAAAGAGUUUCACGAUGGGCAAGAGGUUGUCUUAGAAAUGGCGGAACCACCACUGGAAAACCUACCAACACCUACUUCGAUUACCCCGCCGCAGGAGCCGACACCUGUAACAGGAAGUCGUCAGCGGCAAACAAUGAAUACUUUAAGAACAGAGGAAUGUGUCGAUAGUGAGGGCAGAUUGUAUACAAGAAAAGUCGUGCAGAUUGAGAGAUUUUGGGAUCGGCCAACAUCUUCACCUGCACCUGCCAAAGCACCUAUGAUUGAGAAAUUUUUUUCAAACGUGGAAGGUGUAAAGGUCAGAGAUAAGAAUCUACCUCCAGGACCAACACGGAUGUACCGUUGCAAUCAGUGCCUUGAACAUUUUGCUAAGUUGGGAGGUUUUCGGGUCCAUGUCUGUCUUCGUGGUAAUAAUCAAUGCAACCACUGCGAUCAAGCAUUUGCUACAGCCCGAGCAUUGCAGCUACAUAUGAAGGUACAUGAUAGUGAAACAGAAGGGAUGCAGCGUUUGUUCGUCUGUUCCACAUGUGGCACAGAGUUCUCAUCUCACAAAAGUCUUCGGUUGCAUUCGCGAAUGCAUGCGCCAGUGAGGGCAAGGCAUGUUGAUGCUCCAGAAGGCACUCACAGUGCCACCUUUACUUGCCCUGAAUGUGGAAAAGUUUUGUCUGAAUCAUAUCGAGUAGCACACAUGGCUUUGCAUUCUGGUGGUUCAGUUACCUGUACUAUUUGCAAUCGGAAGUUUGAAUCAGCUGAUAGUUUGGCAAUGCAUGCUGCAGUCCAUACUGAGCCAAAUCAGUCUCAUUCACCAACUCCACCUCGAGGGGAAGGAAGUGAAAGUGCUGACGCCCAAAAACCUUAUCAGUGCCAACAUUGUGGUCGUCGUUUUGCUAGACCUCACGAAAAAGUUAAACAUGAACGUAUUCAUACUGGUGAGAAACCUCAUGCUUGUGAGGUAUGUGGCAAGACAUUUCGCGUGUCUUACUGUUUGACAUUACACAUGCGAACUCACACCGGAGUUCGUCCUUAUGUUUGCCAACACUGUGGCAAGAGGUUUAAAGCAUCCUCAGUAUAUAAUCAUCACUUGCUCACUCAUGGGGAAGAAAGAGCAUACACAUGUCCGUAUUGUCCGAAAACUUUUAAAACUCGAGUUCAACUUGCAGGGCAUAAAAAUAGCCAUACCAAACCAUUCAGAUGUACCGAAUGCUCCAGACCAUUUGCCUCGUUAUAUGCUGCUCGUGCGCAUAUACAAACGCACAAGAAAGAUAAUAAUCUUAAAUUUAGUUGUUUUAUUUGUGGAGCUUCGUACGGUAGAGCAUUCGCCUUGAAAGAUCACUUGAAACAACAUGGUCAAGAUAUAUCAGCUCCUCCCGAGCCAUCUCGAGAAGAAGAAGUACACGAAGGAGAGAAUUUUCUACUUCCUGAAGAGGAAGUAGAUGACGAUGAUCUAGUGAUUCCUUCACCAUUACCAGUUGCACAAUCAUCCGAAGCAGAGGAAUCUGAUUGAGGAUAUUGUAGCUAGUGAAAUUUUGUUGUUAUGUUGCGUUUGUCGACAUUACCAGUUAAUAGUUAGGUACUACUGAAGUGAUACGCUCUACAAUGGCAAAGCUCUGAAGAAACACUGAGAGGAACUGUACAUCAAAGUAUUACGAAAACUGGAGUACACGGAAUAUUAUUGAAAUUCCAUAUUAAAUGAUUUUAUUGGCCACCAUACUACCGUAUUGUUCCGAAUAUAAAUCAACCCUGGAUAUAAGUCGACCUCUAAUUUUUAGUCUGCAUUUCAAGACUUUUUUUAGGUACUGAAUAUAAAUCGACUUUUAUAACAAAAUUAAUAUAACAAAAGUAUACUUAGAUAUUAACUUAUAAAUUACAAUGAUUUUUGGUAGAUAUCAAUGGAACUUGGGUAGAUUAAAAUAUCGCAGCGCGAAUCCCAGUUGUCUAAUCUGAUGAUUGAACUAUUCAUAAAAACCAAUUUUAGUCUGUAAGGUACAUUUCCUAAAAAUCCCGAAUAUAAGUCAACCUGGCGUAUAAGACAAGGACGAGUUUUGGGGUUCAUGUUAGCACCAAAAAACCUCUACUUAUAUUCGAAACAAUAUGGUACUAUCUGGCAAUAACGAGGUACGAGGAAACCGUUAUUUCGCUUAGUUGAUAUAUUAAUUUUAUUGCAAUGUAGAUAAUACAAUGCCAAGUUGGGCUCCUCCUAAUUAAAAAAAAAACGUUCUUAGAUAUUUCUAUUAAUAAUUACAAAUUAUUCUACUUUUUAUGAAUUAGUAAUCUCUUGACGUUUUGAAAAACGUGAUGCAGUGCAACUAAUUAAAUUUUUCAAAUGUUUUUUCACUUUCUGGAUUACUUACGUUCUUUUUAUCGUUAUUGCAACUUCCAAUCCAAGUAAAGGACUUAAUGACUAAUUAAUUUUGAUGGUUAAAAGUAGUUUAACCUUGUUAUAAAAAAAGAAAAAGUUAUUUUAAAAUAAUGAUAUUUUUAAAGUGAAUUCAGCUAGAAUAUGGCGAAAAAUCUUAAAGAUUUAAUCCAACUUUCUAAAUUAAAUAUUCAAAUAACGUGAAACUUAUUACUGCGUUUUAAAUUUACUGAAUUGCGCUUGGUACAAUGUACUAGCUUUGUCGUACUUUACUUCAGAUUAUUUAAACUUUCGAAGAUUGUUUGUGUUUCAAAAUGGAGAAAUGCGGAAUUAAUUGACCUAAAGAAGGAAGUCAGACUGAUUAACAAUUAACCUUGCAAGUACAAAAGGUACAUACGGCUAUAUUAGUGCAAUCAUAGGAUAUAAUAUUAUUUAUUCAAAAUAAAUACAUUGUAAGAGUAUUAUACUAAUUUAUUAACUUAAAGAGGUAAAUAUAUAUGUAACAAAGACAAGGUAUAGGUAAAUUGAAGGGAAUUCCUUGAACUGUGAACAUGUACACAUACAUAUAUCUGUAAUUAUGUAAAUACAUGUAUACCGAAUAUGAAGUACCUUGUACCACUUAGUCUGCCAAAUAAAAUACUCUAGUAACUUA